ACACAACAACGACGCCGAUUAUUAAACGUACUCGCGAAAGAAUAAAAAGAGAGAUGAGAAGAAGCUAUAGGUGAUACCAAAGAAGGAGAGAAAGAUAGAGAGAGAGAGAGCAACAGCGACCUUUUGCUGCAAAGCUUUGUUGGGUUUGGGCUCCCCUUAGCUAGCUCUGUCCAAUUCCAAUAUCAGCAGCAGGAGGGAUCAGCAGAGAGCAGGAGAAAAAAAACUGGGAUUUUUUUUUAUGCAAUCAGCUUCAGCUGCAGCUGCAGCAGUGGUGGUGGUAGUAGUAGUAGUACUGGUGGUGUAGUAUAUUAGCGUCCUUGCCCUGGCCUUUGCGUGGCUCUUCACUUUCAGAAGGCGAUUGUACAAGGCUGCUUCUGUGCCCGACCAGACAAGGGAAGCUAAGCACCAUCACCAGCAGCUACUAGGUGGAGGAGGAGGAGGAGGAGAAAAAAAAUAUAGAGUUAGUCACAGCUCAGGCAGGGAGAGACAGAGAGAGAGAAAGAGAUUUUUGAGAGAGAGAGACAGACAUGGAGAGGAGGAGGUCUCGGAGGCAGCAAGCCUUUCACCCCGUCUCCGAGAUAACGAUGUACUCCUCAUCUUAGGUAGCUGCGGAGGAGGAAGAAGAAGAGGGGUUGGUUGUUGUUGGCCGGAGGAGCACCGCCGACGAUGGUGACAGUGGCGCCGCCGGCAUGGGAAUAGCGGCGCCACCGUGUCAGCCAGGGCAGACCACCACGUUCGUCAUAAGCCAACCCACCAGCAGCAAGAGCUCCCCGGCGGCGAUCGUCGUCCGGCCGCCGGCCACGGCGAGUUCUUCUUCUAUGUCCCACUCCCAGGGUUUCCACCAGCCCAGCAGCGGCGCCGUCUUCGGCUUCUCCUCCGAUGGCUUCGACGGCCGCCCCGGCUCCGGCCAAGACCACCAGCAGCACGAGCAGCAGCAGCAGCAGCACGUGGCGCAGCAGAGCCGCCGCGACAAGCUGAGGGUGCAAGGCUUCGACCCGGCGGCGGCGGCGGCGGGGCACGGGUUGCUCCCCAUCGAGGGCGACGAGCAUGGCGCGGAGCCCGGCGCCAUGUACGACCACGCGGAGGCGGCGGCGGCCGGGGCGUCGAACAUGCUCUCCGAGAUGUUCAACUUCCCGUCGCAGCCGCCGACGGGCCCCUCCGCCACCGAGCUGCUCGCCAGCCAGAUGAACGCCAACUACCGGUUCGGGUUCCGGCAGGCGGCGGGUUUGGCCGGCGGCGAAGGCGGUUGGUUCGGCGGCGGCGGCGCGGCCGGCCGGACUGGGUUGGUGCUCGGUGGGGCCAGCUUGGGUUCGUUAGGUGAGACGUCGUCGCCGAAGCAGCAAGCGAGCGGCAUGGCGGGCCUCGCCGCUGACCCGGCCGCGGCGAUGCACCUGUUCCUGAUGAACCCGCAGCAGCAGCAGCAGCAGCAGUCACGGUCGUCGACGUCGCCGCCGCCGUCGGACGCGCAGUCGGCAAUCCACCAGCACCACGAAGCGUUCCAGGCGUUCGGCGGCGCCGGUGCAGCAGCGUUCGGCGGCGGCGCGGCGGCCGGCGUGGUGGAAGGCCAGGGGCUCUCCCUCUCGCUGUCGCCGUCGCUGCAGCAGCUGGAGAUGGCGAAGCAGGCGGAGGAGCUGCGCGUCCGCGACGGCGUGCUCUACUUCAACCGGCAACAGCAGCAGCAGCAGGCGGCGGCGGCGGCGGCGUCGGUGCAGCAGCAGCUCCCGAUGGCAUUGCACGGGCAGGUCGGCGUGCUGGGGCAGCAGCUGCACGGCGGCGGGUACGGCGGCCCGGCGGGCGUCGCCGGCGUCCUCCGCAACUCCAAGUACACCCGCGCGGCGCAGGAGCUCCUCGAGGAGUUCUGCAGCGUCGGCCGCGGCCAGAUCAAGGGCGGCGGCGGCCGCGGCUCCGCCCCCAAUAACCCUAACUCCAGCAAGGCCGCCGCCUCCAGCUCCGGCGCCGCCCAGUCCCCCUCGUCGGCGUCCAAAGAACCCCCUCAACUCUCCCCCGCCGACCGCUUCGAGCACCAGCGCAAGAAGGCCAAGCUCAUCUCCAUGCUCGACGAGGUGGACAGGAGGUACAACCACUACUGCGACCAGAUGCAGAUGGUGGUGAACUUCUUCGACUCGGUGAUGGGGUUCGGGGCGGCGACGCCGUACACGGCGCUGGCGCAGAAGGCCAUGUCGAGGCACUUCCGGUGCCUCAAGGACGCGAUCGCGGCGCAGCUGAGGGGGACGUGCGAGGCGCUGGGGGAGAAGGACGCCGGCACGGGGUCGGGGCUGACCAAGGGGGAGACGCCGCGGCUGCGGGCCAUCGACCAGAGCCUCCGGCAGCAGCGCGCCUUCCACCACAUGGGGAUCAUGGAGCAGGAGGCGUGGCGCCCCCAGCGCGGCCUCCCCGAGCGCUCCGUCAACAUCCUCCGCUCCUGGCUCUUCGAACACUUCCUCCACCCGUACCCGAGCGAUGCAGAUAAGCACCUGUUGGCGAGGCAGACCGGGCUGUCCAGGAACCAGGUCUCGAAUUGGUUCAUCAACGCCCGUGUCCGGCUAUGGAAGCCCAUGAUCGAGGAGAUGUACCAGCAAGAAUGCAAGGAGCUCGAGGGCUCCUCCGGCGCCGGCGACGACCCCUCCGGCGCCGACGACACGCACUCGCCGACGACCACCGCCGCCGCGCAUCAUCAGCACAGGCACGGCCAGCUAAUGGUAGAGCACGGCGGCGCGUCCAGCGGCGGCGGCGCCGCCAUGUCGUCGCACAAGCACGAGCCCGGCGUCGUCGCGGGGCCCUCCUCGUCGUCGGCGGCGGCGGUGGCGGACGCCGCCUUCGUCGGCAUCGACCCGGUGGAGCUCCUCGGCGGCGACGGCGCGGCGGCCGACGACCUGUACGGGCGGUUCGACCCGGCCGGCGCCGUCAGGGUGCGGUACGGGCCGGCGGGCGCCGCCGCCGGCGCCGCCGCGGCGGCGGCCGGCGACGUGUCGCUGACGCUGGGCCUGCAGCACGCCGGCGCCGGCAACGCCGGGCCCGACGGCAGCGGCCGCUUCUCCUUGCGAGACUACAGUGGUUGCUGAUCAUUUCUGCAUACUACACACCUACCUAUCCAUCCAUGAUUUGGCUCAUCCAUGCAUUGCACUUGGAGCACUAGAGUGAGAAGAAGAUCUAGAGAGAGAAACAAAAAAAGUUACAGCAAGGAGAGAGAAAUUAAAAGAGAUCAAGCAUCAGAGAUCUCUAGAGAGAGAGAUUAAUUUGCAAAAUGGUGCCUAGCCUUGGAGGUGAUGGAUGCAUAUGCAUGCAUGGGAUGGGGAGAAAUAUUAAUAUGAGAGAACUCUCCUUCUUUUUUCCAAGAUGAUUCUUAAUUUAGCUAGAUUAAUUCCUUUAGUUUAGGCAUUAUUGUUGGGGGGUUAAGGAUAAUUUGUAUACAGGAAAGAAAGAUAGGAGGAAGUGUAUGUUAUAGAUUGUUUAGUCACACAUUUUGUUGUUCUCUCUGUUGCUUGCCCCCUCUACAUCUUUUGUUUUUGUCAGUUUUUGGUCUUGGUGUAUACUUAUUAAUGUUCUUUCCAUCUCUGUAACUAAACAUAAGAAACACAUACAUACAUACGUAAAUACAUAUAUAUUGGUAAACAUUGGGAUAUA